AUGGAUAAUAAAAGCAAAGGAAGUUCAAAAAGUAGAAAAGAAUUGGGAGGUAUAGUUGAAUAUAAAAUAAUAGAUGAGUUGAGUUUGAAAGGAGUGUCAUUAUUUAAACUGGAUGUUAACUAUGAUCAUUUGAAACAAUUUUUAGAAGGAGUAUAAGCUGAUCUUGACAAUCACACAGUGGAAAUUGAAGGCAUAAAGAAACUACUUGGACCCUCCGAAAUCAUAUUAUUAGUUAAAGUUAAAUCUAAUUUAGGUUCAAGAAUAGUUUCAAUUAUUAAGUGAUUCAUUGUAGUUUUCAGACAAGGAUAUAGAGAAAGAAUUAUCAACUUAAUUAAGCACAUACAUUACACAAAUAUAAGGGAAGUAAAAGUUCGGGAAGGGAGCUUUAGAGAAAAUUAUAACUGAAUUGAGAGGAAAGCUAUUUUCAGUUAUCUCAAUGAUUUAACAUCUCUAUAGAGAGAAGAAGGUAGAUAUUGAUACUAAAAUUAGAGAUAAGAUUAACGAUUAACAAAAUUAGAAAACGACAUGCUAACAAAGUUUGAUACUAAAGAAUGUAAAGAGAAGAUGAGGAAAUAAAAAAAUCAAUUAGAAUAGCAUAUUGAAGAUUUAUAGAAGAAUGGAAGACAAGAAUUAGACACAGUUGAAAAGAAACUAUCCACAGACAUUUAGAAAUUUGAAGAAGCAGUUAGAGAUGUUGAAAGGUACGCUUAAUUAGUUUAAAUUCAAGAAAAACCUUAUGGAAAAUACAUGAUUGUUAAGAUCUAUUGCUGAAAAGAACAAAUGAAGAAUUCGUUAAUGAAGCUAUUAGAACUAGUGAAGAUAAAAUAUUGAAAGAAGUACCGUAUAAUAUUUAAUUUUAGAUUUAAUAAAUGUAAAAUAACGAAUAAUUGAUUAAAUUUCAACAAGAUAUUGCAUACAUUCGAAGUUAAAUCAAAGGUAUUGAUGAUACAGUAGGGGAAAAACAAUCCAAAUUAAAAUUAUAACUAAAUGAAAUGAAUGACUUGUAAAUUUAUAUCAAUAUUCCAAGAUUAAAAUCUAAAAUCAAUUUAAUUGAUAAAUUGGUUGAGUAGAAUAAACAACAAGGAGACAAGAUAAUUGAUUUAAAUAGCAGAUUAGCCACUGCUAUCAACAAAUUGGAUGUUUCUAAUCAAUUAGAUUAGCAUAGAUAAAAAAUCAAAUAAUUGGAAGAUGGGAUUUAAAGGUUGAAUGAUGAGGCCAAAGAGAGAGUUGAAGCAUUAAAGGAUAUGAAUUUAAAUGCUGAAAAUGUAGCUUAUCUAUUAUCUAAAAUUGAUCCUCAUAAAAUAUGUACUCUUGAAGGAGACAUUAAGAAAUUAGAGGAAAUGUCAAUUAGAAAUAAUGUGCAUUGGGAAACUCUUGAUGCAGAAUUCAAAUCACGUUACGAUAGUUUUCAGUUCUUUUCAUAAUUAUACUAAUAAUAAUAAUAGCAACAAUAACAAUAAACUCCAGAAGAAUCUAAAUAUGUCACUAAAGAUGAAAUCAAUAGAAUGUUUGAGUAAUUCCAAUAACAGGGCAAUCUAGAAGAUGAUAAAAUUAGAAAAAUUUAAAAAGAUCUUUAAGACAUUGGCCAUAAAGUUGAAAAUGCUAAUGAAAUCGAAAGAAGAGUGACUAGAAUAUUUAGAGAUGUUGAUAUUAAUGGAUUAAUCAAACAAGUGAAAGUCAAGGCUAAUGAAGAUGAUGUGAAGAGAGAAUUAUUUAAUUUAGAAACUAGAUUAGGAUAAGCCAUGGACACUAUAAAUUAUUUAAGGAGAGAGAUAGAAGCCUUAUAAGGUAAUCUAUUACAUCCAUUAUAUAGUGUAAUUGAAGAAAUCUCCAAUGAACUUCUAAUAAUCAGCCUCGCCUCCUACUGACUAAAUUAUAGGGAUCAACACAAAGAAACUUUAUCCCAUUAAUUGUUUAAGUUGUAGCACUACCAAUCAAUAAAGGGUAAUGCAUUUCCUUGUAUCUUAGGUUAAAGGAACUGAUGGAAAAUAUUACUAAGCUGAUAUUAAACGAUAAACUAUUGACUAAUAAUAGUUUUAUGAUCUCCAAUAAGAUGAAUCUUAAUAAUUCAAUUAACAAAACUAUGUAUAAAGACCCUAAUCGGCAGUAGUAAACAAAUAAAGUAAUGGCGUUAAAAGACCUAUAAGUGCUAAAAAAUGA